AUGGAUAGAUGCCUGUACCUGCUGGUGUUGCUGGCCCUCUGUGCCAGCCUGGAGACAGCCCCAACACCACCCACAUCGCCUGAAGCUAACCAGGGGGAGCAGCUGGUGCGAGUCUAUGAGAUCAAUCAAAAGCAAUACGAUCGUAUGCUGCAGCUAACCAAGGGCAGGAAGGUGAUAUCAGAGGCCAGGGUUAUCAAUGGGGGCUUUGCCACCGUCAGCGAGUCGUUCAGUGAAACCCUUAGCUCUGGCUGGCAUUCCCUCCUGCGGAUUGUGGGUCUCACCACGGUCAGCAAGGCCGAUGAGACCGAGAAAGUGGACUUUGAGAGUCAACCCUUGUGCGUGAUCAAGACCCGCGAGGAUGAGCCUGUGGGCAGGGACGAGGAGGUGACAUCCGCUCGCAGCUCUGGAAAGGGCAUUGAGGCCGAUGACGAAGACUCCGCCAUUCACUGUAUUGUGGUGUUGAAGAAGGAACCUGAACAGGAGUUGCCUAGCCAGGAUCCUCAUCCAAAUUACGCUCAAUAUUGGAAUCCACCACAAGUUCCUCAGCCUGUGGAAGAUUCCGUUGCUGAACAGGUUAAGGAGGAAAAUGAGGAAAAAGAGGAGGUGGAGGUCACCACUUCAGCCCCAUUGAAAAGGAAAACAAUGAACAAGAGUACAUAUCCCAAGUCAGCAAGCCAGGAUGAUGAUAAUUCCGAUGGUUCCCGCCAGUAUGGUGGUUAUCCAUUGCCACCUCAAUAUGGCACGCCCUAUCCUCCCUCUCCCUACGGAGGCUAUCCCUAUAGCCCCUAUCCAAGCCCACAGCCCUUUGGUCCUCAAAGUCCCUAUGGACAAAGUCCCUAUGGAUCACUGCCACCAUUUGGGGCACCACAACCUUAUCCUCCCCAGCAACAAUUUCCACCACAACAACCCUAUGUCAAUCCCUAUAACCCACAGCCUCAGGGAUAUCCCUAUGGUUAUGGAUUCCCCUACUUUGAUCAGAAUCAGUUGGCUCAAGCAAAUGCCAAUAAGGUAGUGGAGAAACCCCAGGCCGAGGAGGAGGAUGAUGAAGAUGAGGACUCUUACGAGGAGGAAGAUGACUACAAGAGACGUUUCUAUCCUUACUAUAGCGAACCUUAUAAUUACAGACAAUAA